AUGGCGGCUACGCCCAACGAGAACCAAUCCCCCCAACAUCUCGACGCCUCCAAACUAACCUACACCUAUACAACCAACCCACGCAAUGUCCCCGACGAAACCACAGCCACCGCAAACGACGAAACCAUCUGCACCGACCACAUGGUCCUCGCAACCUGGAAGUCCACCACCGGCUGGUCAACCCCAGAACUAAAGCCCUACGGGCCCUUAUCCCUCCUCCCCAGCGCCUCCUGCCUCCACUACGCCACAGAGUGCUUCGAGGGCCUCAAGGCGUACCGCGGAUAUGACGGGAAACUACGCCUCUUCCGCGCUGAACACAAUGCCGCGCGACUGAACAUGUCCGCUGCUCGCAUCUCCUUGCCACAAGUUGACACCCUGGAACUGCAGAACCUCAUACAAACAUUACUAUCCGUCGACGGACCCAAAUGGCUUCCUCCCAACCGCGCUGGAGACUUCCUGUACGUGAGACCAACUAUCAUCGGCACCCAGCCAACCCUGGGCGUGCAGGCGCCAAAGGAGGCCAUCUUGUUCAUCAUCCUGGGCUACAUGCCACGCGUGGACACAAUACCAGGCGGAAUGAGACUGCAAACCUCCCCAGAGGACAUGGUGCGCUCGUGGCAAGGCGGCAUCGGACACGCCAAGGUCGGCGCGAACUACGGUCCCUCCGUUCUUGCAACGCAGGAUGCUUCCCGCCGUGGCUUCCAUCAGAUCCUCUGGCUUUACGGGAAAACUGGGGAGUGUACGGAGGCUGGGGGCAGUAAUCUAUUUGUUGUCUGGGUUCGGAAGGAAGAUGGGAAGAAGGAGUUGGUUACGGCGCCCUUGGAUGAUCGGCUUAUCCUGAAUGGGGUUACACGGCGGAGUUGCUUGGAUCUGGCGAGGGAGAGGAUGGGGAGUUUGCUUGAGGUGACGGAACGGAAGUAUACUAUUGGGGAGGUGAUGGAGGCUGAGAGGGAGGGGAGGCUUUUGGAGGCGUUUGGGGCGGGAACGGCUUGGUUUAUAUGCCCCGUCUCCCUGAUCCAGCACCGAGGGCAAGACAUUUAUGUUGGAUCGAACGAUGGACCUGGUGAGGUGACCGGCCAGAUCAAGGGCUGGCUUAGCGAUAUUAUGUACGGAAAUGCAGAGGACGAAUGGGCGAGUGUCGUGCCUGAGAGGGAUUAUCACGAACGGUGA